AUGCGUUACUCACUAAAAAUAGAGAAUAAGGACGAGGUCAUCCGAAGUGGGAUGCAGCGCUUAAGUAUCUCCGUUAUGAACUAUUGCAAUAGCAACGUCGAGAACAACCACCUCCUAGAAAGCCUGAGACAAGAGGCUUACGAAGCACACCUCACAUCGGGACUCACGAGGCUCCCCCAACUCUCAGUGAAUGUUAUCAGUACUUACGACAUUGAGUCCAUGUUCCCGGGGCCAAGAUACUCUGCAGAGAAAAAGCCAUGGAUGGAGAAACGCCUAGGAGUUGGUUUCAGAUUAUUCUUACCAACUCAUUUCAACCCAAUGUACCAAGAAUUCAUGAUCGACGUUUGCUUGAAAACGCUAUUUGACGAGGUUGCUUUUCAAGUGCGGUCCAGCCUGCCCAAGCUACUUUUGCAAAGUGGAAUCGAAUACAGGUGCCCAGUUGACUACAAGGGAAGGAAAUAUACUCUUUCAGGCAUCCCCGACUACAUUGUCCGCUAUAAUGCCGAUAAGAAGGCGGCUGUUAAACUUGUUAUUGUCACCGCGAAGCAGCCCGGCACAGAUUUUAGCUUAUAUGAGUGGGUAGACGUGCGUCCUCCACAUCGGAGUGCUGCUAACUUCUUGACAGUCAUGAUCCACAACCUCCGCAAGAACCAAGAAGAAGUAGACUGUGUCGUGUAUGGUCUCAUUACCGACGCCGUCGGGUUCUGGUUCUACUGCAUCUCAAAUGAUGGCGAGGUAGGACUCUCUGCCUCAAGGGCUUCGGACAGGUCGAUAUGCUAA